UUUACACGGAAUCAAGUGCUCCAAACCGAUGAAUGUGGCAGCUAUAUUUAAAUAAUGCACGUAGUCAACUAGACAAUUUCAUUUGUUCUCUCGAUCGAUGACAUUUCUUAGAUGUGUAUAAAUGAAAAUCAAAAUGAAAUUAUCAAACGGAUUUGUACGAUAUCGGUGCAUGAGCAGAAUGCAAGAUGCCUGCCUGACUUCAUUAUAAUGAGUACUUGAUAGGCCUGGAGUGAAAAUCUCUUCACCUAGCGACAUUCUUUUGAACACUCGAUUUAAUCGUCGAGCUGCUCAUCCUCACGAAAAUUUGCGAAGUCAAUUCUGUCAUCAGGGAUAGGCCUAAAUACAUUUUGUUCUUCGCAAUACUGACUUCAUUCAAAAAUUUGAAAAUGACGGAUUUUCCCGGAAUUAUAAGCGAUAAUCAGGGAGAAGAGCUCGGCUACUGCGAGACCAUUGAUAUCAGCAUGAUCAGGAAUGUGUCCGAGGAGCGCGCCGAGGGCUAUUCCUACUCUUCUGCAGAAUGGGGUUUCAACACCAUAUUCCUGCCCAUCGUCAUGAUCGUCGGCGUCCUCGACAACUGCGCUUUUAUCUACGUGGUGUUUCGCAUCAAGAGCAUGCAGACGAUCACCAACGUGUACCUCGUCAACCUCGCCUGCGCGGAUAUGAUGUUCAUCAUCUUCGCCGUCGUCCACAAGAUCGUCAAGAUCCUGACGUCGCCGAUUUCGUACGACGAUUCCGGACUCGGUCUCGAAGGAUGCAUGGUGAUCUUUCUCUUCCUCAGCGCAGCCUACAAUGCCUCGAUGUGCUUCAUCACCGCGGUGAGCGUCGAGCGGUACAACGCGGUGUGCAACCCGCUGAAGCUUCACCAGGCUCAGGGGUCGAAGCGCUGGGCAUUCACCAGAAAUGUAUGCAUCGUCUCCUGGGUGGCUGCGUUCCUUGUCUCUGGCACCUUUCUCCCAAGUUAUGCCAAAUACGAGCACGUCUGCUACGAGUGGCCAGACGUCGAGCCGUACGUGAACUGGCCGACGAUGACGAGCCAUUGCAAUCCUUUCUCGCUCGUCGCUGACAGCUACACCAGCGGUGCGCAGACCAUCCCAUUCUUCAUCACCCUCAUCGUCAACUUCAUCCUGCAUCACAAGACCCUGAGGGGUUUAAGCAACUCUCUGGGGAAAACAAAAGGCGACGGAUCCCGGAGCGAACGGGACGCGAAGAUCCACAACCAGACCGUCCGCAUGCUCGUCGUCAACAGCGUUCUCUUCUUCGUAUUCCUCUCGCCCUUCGAGUUCAUCUCCUUGUUCGUCAUGAUCAACAUCCUCAUCACCGGCGGCAUCGUCAUCCCAGGCAAAACGCUGACGGUCUAUAUCUACAUCGCACGCACGCUGACAUACAUCAACUCUCUCUCCAAUCCUAUCAUCUAUACGGUCUUUUGUAAAAGAUAUUUCGAUGCUUUCAAAGAGGCUUUCGGACUCAAAUCGAAAUUAUCCAGAGAUCCUUCGGUGAGCACGGUUUCCAAAGGCGUACGAUGAACGCUUUCAAUAUGUUUUAGAAGAGACUGGGAUCGAUCACAUGUUUAGUUUGUUACUGUACAUCUGGCUCGGUGGUGGCUCAGUGGUAGAGCGCCGGCAUAAUGAACGGGAGGUCAAGGAUUCGAUCCCCAGCCGAGUCAUACCAAAUGAUUAUAAAAGUGGGACCUUCUGCCUUCUUGCUUUAGGCCCUCUGCAGUUAGAUUAGAGAAGGGUAACAUUAACAUACUGUGUACUGUUAUUCAGGGUCAGUUGGCAGUUUGCCAUUGGUAGUGGCUACCCCAGGCAAAUGUAAUUAUAAUUAUCAUCAUGUUGUUUUUUUAUAUCUAAGUACUAUUUCUUGGUUUUCUCUAUUUCUCUAUGAUAUCUGUCAGAUAUGAUUAUUUGUAUGCGAUUCAUCAGUGCUCGUUUAUAAAUAUAUACUUAUUGCAUCGUUUUUGUCAACUAAUACAAACGCAGAACAAAGCUCCAUCUUCAAGACAUAAUCAAAACCAUAUUAAACUGUUAUCAUCGUUAUCAAGCAAUGGUUGUCAAAAAAUUCUCGAAGUAGUGUUUAGAAAUUAAUGUGAUUCUUCAACAAUACUUCUUUAAUUCGUAGUACAUUGAUAUAUAUUAAAGUCCAUUUAAUUCACUUUUAGUUGUGAUCGAAUUGUACAAUGUGUGGUAAUAAUAAUAAUGAGAAGAAGGAGAACAA